CCCGCCGCCCCGCCCCCCGGCCGCAUGCCGCCCCGCUGACGCCCGCCACCAGCCCACGCAGCCACUCGCACCACGCUCACACACACACCAUAGCCGCCGCUUUAUUUUAACCCGAAGACAUCGCGCAGAUCAUUCUCCCGGAGUAGCACGUGGCUGUAGCCAGCCGUCACCAUGGGGUCGGUGAACGUCAACCGGAAUGUGGCGGAUGCCUUCUACCGGUACAAGAUGCCUCGCAUCUGUGCCAAGGUCGAGGGCAAGGGCAACGGUAUCAAGACCGUCAUCGUCAACAUGCCUGAAGUAGCUAAGGCACUCGGAAGACCUGCCACUUAUCCAACAAAGUACUUCGGUUGCGAACUGGGUGCGCAGACUCAGUUCGAUUUUAAGAACGAACGAUUCAUCGUUAAUGGCAGCCACGACUCCGCCAAGCUGCAAGAUUUGCUAGACGGGUUCAUCCGUAAAUUCGUACUGUGCCCUGAGUGUGACAACCCGGAGACGGAGCUGAUCGUGUCGACGAAGCGUAACACUAUCUCGCAAGGCUGCAAGGCCUGCGGGUACCAUGGCACGCUCGACUUCAACCACAAACUCAACACCUUCAUACUCAAGAAUCCGCCCGCACUAGACCCCAGCAUGCAGGUAUACCAGCAGGGCUCGUCGCUGACGGAAGGCAACCGCGGCAAGCGAUCCAAGCGCUCGGGGCCUGGCGCGGCCAAUGGGAACCAUGACGGACAUGACGAUGCCAAGAACCAAGAGAAUGAGGCCCCCGUGACUCCUACAACACCCAACCCGAAGACCAGCAAAAAGGAGAAGGAGAAGGAAGCUGCGGAUGAUGAUGACGACGGUUGCUGGACUGUUGACGUUAGCGAGGCUGCCGUACGCGCGCGUAUGCAAGACUUGACUGAGGGUGCUAAGAGCAUGACGGUGUCUGAGGACAGUGAGAAGAACGAGAAGCAGCGCAUGGAUCUAUUCUACGCGUAUCUAAAGCAGCGAGCUGCCUCGGGGGACGUGGACUCGAACCGCGCCAUCACGGAGAUCUUACACGAGGCUGAGCGCCUGGAGGUGAAGUCGAAGGCCCCGCUGGUGAUGCUGGAGGUGCUGGUGCGCGCCGCCAGCCUCGCCGCCGACGUGCGCCGCCACCGCGCGCUGCUACUGCGCUGCACCCGGGCUGACUCCCGCGCCCAGCGCGCCGUGCUGCACGCCCUCACCGCGCUCUGUGCGCACCAUACUGAACUGUUGCCCAAGGUGCCCGCCAUACUCAAGCGCGCCGUGCUGCACGCCCUCACCGCGCUCUGUGCGCACCAUACUGAACUGUUGCCCAAGGUGCCCGCCAUACUCAAGGUACGUACUGCCUGUACAUGUACCGCGCAGACUCCCGCGCCCAGCGCCGUGCUGCACGCCCUCACCGCGCUCUGUGCGCACCAUACUGAACUGUUGCCCAAGGUGCCCGCCAUACUCAAGGUACGUACUGCCUGUACAUGUACCGCGCAGACUCCCGCGCCCAGCGCGCCGUGCUGCACGCCCACCGCGCUCUGUGCGCACCAUACUGAACUGUUGCCCAAGGUGCCCGCCAUACUCAAGCUGCUAUAUGACGAAGACAUCGUGGAAGAGAAGGCCAUCCUAGAAUGGGCCGCGAAGCCAUCCCGCAAGUACGCGAGCAAAGAAGUCAUCGCCGACGUCAGGCGCCGCGCCGCGCCAUUCCUAGAGUGGCUGCAACAGGCUGAGGAAGACUCCAGCGAUGGAGACGACUCUGAGCAUGACAUCGAGAUCGAAUACGACGACCGUGCGAAGGCGACCCCCAUCAAGGCGGUGUCGGCCGCGCCCGCCAAGCCCGCCAAGCCCCAGGACGACGAUGACGUCGACGUCGACAUCGACGCCAUCUAGAUGUCGCGCAGCACCACGCCCGCGUCGCGUCUCGUCCCGCGCCACCGCUCGAGUCUGGUUCGCGACUCGAAGAUGUCUCUAUCAUUCCUCACGCGCUACAUCUAUGUCUUCACCGUAAACUAGUUUAACAAUUCAAGCGAAUCACUUAAGAAAUGUUCUCUCGGUCUGCCUUAUGACGGUAGGACGCUGGCGACUGCUUACUAUUAUUCUGACUAGAUGAAUUAAUACCCUACUCGAAACUUGUAUUUAAAUUCUUAUUUAUCUGUUCGGGUGACUAUGGAUUGGAAUAUGUAGUUAUCUAAGUUACACUGCAUUUAUAGGUCACACUGCCUAUUUUAUAAUAUUAGUCAAUAACGAUCUCGAAAUUAUAUCCAACUAAAACUGGCCCCUCACAUAGACAUAGAUAUCGUCGUCGUGUUGCGAAUCGCAGACUCGGGACCCGGUAACAGAUCGCAGACCUUUAUCAUGUAGUUCACCCUAUCUAAAGUACCUUUCCAAAGUAAUUAGUAUAGGUAUAGAUGAUCUUUGUCCCUGAUGGGAGGUGUAAAGAUUAUUUACGCCAUUAGAUGUAAUCCAAAUUAUUUCGAGAUAAUGAGCAAUUUCGUUCAUUUAGUAUUUACCACCGGUGCGUACUGAGCCAAGUACUAUCCUGCCUGCGUGAAUAUUAUUACCUAAUGUGAGGAAGUUAACAUCUCGGUGGAUAACGUGUUAAGCAAAUCAUAUCUAAUUCAAUUAAGACUAUUUAUAGAUUACCUAGCGUAAGGACAGCUCGACAUUAAAUUUUACAGAUGUAUUAAGCAAUACCUCGUGAGAUGAUGUGGAGAGUUGGUCGUGAAUACUAAAUGGACGAUGCUUCUAACAUUACUAUAUUCAAAGCUUGAAAACUAGGGUGACUGUUUAUAGGAAACUAUUUUUUUUUCUUAUUUCCAAUACUAUGUUCCUAUAUAUAGAUUUUUUAUUAUUGUUUUUAAUCAAUUUUCCGAUAUAUAUUUUGGGACACUGUUUUAUAUACAUUGGUGUAACUCCACGUGGUUUUAAAAAUGAGGAGAUAAAGAGAGAAGGUAGGAUUGAAGUCGCUACUGGCCGCGGUGUCUCGGCUGUAGCCGGCGGUACAGCGACGUAAGUAUCGCUCCUCCGAGCCCACGGAAUGUCACAAACUGAGAGAUGUGUAGCAAAACGUAUCAGCAAUACGGAUGAACGCCACCACGUAAUAGCAAUGAUUGAGUUUAGUAUUACAAUAUUAUAAAGUGAGCGCAGGCGUGGCCGGAGUGACGUCGGUCGCCCGGCCCUGCGUGUUUAUAUAUGUGUAUGUAAUUUAGGUUAGUUUAUGUGAUGAGGCCCUGCAGGCGUGCACUCCAUGUAAUAUACAAAGGUACUAUAUAAUAUAUUAUAUAUCGGCGCCAGCACCCGCUCCCAGCUCACCGCCGCCGCUGCGACAGACGGGCAAUGUUUCCUCUUACUAUUAACUAUUAUUAAAAUAGAAUAUUUUGAAAUUGCCAUCUGACAAUUUUAUUAGAUUGUUUUGUAUUCAAUACAUUUUGGAUUCUGA